AUGCCACCUUUGGAUAAGAGGAUUAAAAAAUUUUUACAGAAUUCUAUUCGAGUAGCCCCUAGGAUUUCUGAUAAAGGUGAGUUAGGUGAACUUAGAACCGGUCUAGUCUCUCAGUAUCCUCAGACUCGUAAAGAUGCGAUCAAAAAGACUAUUCAGCAGAUGACUUUAGGUAAAGAUGUGUCUUCCUUAUUUCCAGAUGUUCUUAAAAAUAUUGCCACUAAUGAUGUCGAGCAAAAGAAAUUGGUUUACUUAUAUGUGAUGAAUUACGCAGAGACCCAUCCUGAGUUAUGUAUCUUAGUUGUGAACACUUUUGUUACCGAUGCACAAGAUCCUAACCCUUUGAUUCGUUGCAUGGCUAUCAGAACUAUGUCUAUGAUCAGAGUUGAUAAAAUAUUGGAGUAUAUUGAAAUUCCACUGCGUAAAACUCUUCAAGAUGAUAACCCAUAUGUGAGAAAGACAGCUGUAAUAUGUGUAGCAAAAUUGUUCCAAUUGAACAAAGAACUUUGUAUUGAAUUGGGUGUUUUGGAAGAUUUGGUUAGUGCAUUAGAUGAUUCGAACCCAAUGGUUGUUGCCAACGCUACUGCUGCUUUGACAGAAAUCAGUUGUAUGGAUCCUACAGCUGUCUCGCUCAUCGAUUUGAUAAGUUCCCACUUCUCUCAAUACUUAUCCGUUUUGAAUGAAUGUACAGAAUGGGCAAGAAUUACAAUUUUAACUGCAUUAACAGAAUACGAUGCUAAGGAUUCUAUUGAAGCGCAAAAUAUCGUUGAUCGUGUUACAGCCCAUCUACAACAUGUGAAUCCAGCAGUCGUUCUAGCCACUAUUAAAGUAAUCAUUAAAAACCUGAAUUUAAUACAACCACAGGCUAACGAUAUUGUGAUCAUGAAGAAAUUAUCUUCUGCGAUGGUAUCAUUAAUGUCAACACCACCAGAAAUGCAAUACGUUGCUCUAAAGAACAUUAGAAUUAUUUUAGAAAAGUUCCCAGAAUUACUAACGAAAGAAUUAAGAAUUUUCUUCAUCAAAUUUAAUGAUCCGUUAUAUGUUAAAUUAGAAAAGAUCGAGAUUUUGGUAAGAUUGGUUGAUCCAAGUAAUCUAAAACAAUGCUCUUUACUAUUGUCCGAGUUGAAAGAGUACACAAUGGAGUUUGAACCUGAAUUCGUUUCAAGAUCAAUAAUUGCUUUAUCACAAUUAGGUAUCAAAUACUCUGAAGAAAACUUCAUAAGCAAAGUAUUAGAUAUAUUAUUGGAACUUGCAGAAAAUCAAGAAAUCUAUAUGGAUGAUUGUUGCGUUUCGAUGUGUAAUCUUUUAAGAAACUGUCCCGACAAUGAGCUAAUGAUAACCAAUGUCUGUUCUUUAUUGAACUCGUGGUCUGACCCAGAAGCAGUUUUACAAAGGGAUGAUGCUAAAUGUAAUUACAUGUGGUUAAUGGGCCAAUAUCCUGACAAGUUCCCAUCGAUGAAGUCUAAGGUGGCUGCAUUUGUCCAUAAUUUUUCAGAAGAAGAGCCAUUGACACAAAUGUCUAUAUUAUUAACUGUUGUAAGAUUGCAUAAUCGAUUAGAAGGUUCUUUAUUACAAAAGAUAUUAGAACUGGCCACAACCGACACACACGAGAUAGAUGUGAGAGACAUGGCGAUGAUGUACUGGAGAUGUUUGUCUAUGCCUAAUGCUGAUAAAUUAAUAGAACAAAUAUGUCAAUCGAUGCCACCAAAGAUCGAGAAUACAUUAGAUAAGUUUUCACCUGAAGUACUAGAAAAACUGUUGUUGGAACUAUCCACGAUAAGCUCUAUAUAUUUCAAGCCAAUUUCUGAAAACAAGAAACAAUACUCAUUGCGUCAAAAAGUGGUGAAGGGGAAGCACCUUGACGAAUUGAAAGACCUCGCCAAGUCAGAGAUAGCACAGAAUGCGAACGAGGAUGUUCUUCUUGAUUUCGACAACGACGAUGAUGACGCCAACAACUUGAUGAAAGGUAAUGGAUCGUCAAAUCUAUUGGAAGAACUAGACGAUCUGUUUAAUUUUGGCAGCGGCAGCACAAACGAGAACAAAGAAGAAGAAGAGGAAGAUACAUCUUUGAAGGAUCCCAUGCAAAAUUUGAAAUUGAAUGGUAGUGGGAGCAGCAACACCGGAGGUGAACCCACUGCCUCAUCAAAUACCCAAGACUUGUUGAACCUGUUCUAA